CCACCGGGAUUGUGCGGUGUGAAACACUCAGUGUGUGUCCGCUGUUCUCAGCUCCCUCUCUUCAGCCCUGGGUGCCUUCGUUCUCACUGGGGUCCGCUCACUUAGCAACCUUUAAGAGCCCAUUCUGUGUCAGGCAAUGCCCUGUAUUAAGUAUUAGAGUUGCAGCUCGACUUUGAUUUGUUCUAGCCGUCUAUUUCAGGGGAAAUAUUUUGAAUGGCAUUUGUAAUUUUUACUGAAGAGAUCAUUGCUACUAAAACAAAAGAAAUAUAGAGGAAUGCUGUCUGCCUGUAUUCCAAAAAGACAGGAUGGUAAAAAGGAAAAGUAAGGUGAGAGUUAAAAUACGUAGGAAAAAGGAACUCUGUGUUUAUUAGAUUUAUGGGCUUACUAGAACCUGGCCGGUCAUGAUAUGGUUGCAUACAGACUAGAUGUUUAUUAAAUGGAUGAACUACUUCUGCUUUUGCAUCAUUUGUACCGUGGAAUGCAUCAGUGAUGAAUUUUUUGUUGUUUUACUUGAUAUGGUCGUCUGUAAAGGAGCUGUAGAAGAUUUAGAUGAAUCAGACAGAAGACUUUUGUUCACUGCUCCUAGAAAAUGAGAUGAAUUCUCCCAUCUGCGUCGCAUUCCACCUGACUCUCACCUUGUGCUGUUUCGUGGGGGAGAAAUGGAACACUGAGGGGCUGAUGCCUCUUUUUUUUUUAACCUCUUGGCUUGAACUGUCACAGUUUAAAGAAAAUCGAAAUGAUGACAUUUGGCUUGUAGAUUUUUAUGCACCGUGGUGUGGUCAUUGUAAAAAGCUGGAACCAAUUUGGAAUGAAGUUGGUCUUGAGAUGAAAAGCAUUGGUUCUCCAGUUAAGGUUGGAAAGAUGGAUGCUACUUCCUAUUCUAGCAUUGCUUCAGAGUUUGGAGUUCGAGGUUAUCCAACAAUUAAGCUAUUGAAAGGGGACUUGGCAUAUAAUUACAGAGGACCACGAACAAAAGAUGAUAUUAUUGAGUUUGCUCACAGGGUAUCUGGGGCUCUAAUUCGGCCACUUCCAAGUCAGCAAAUGUUUGAGCAUAUGCAAAAGAGACAUCGUGUAUUUUUUGUUUAUAUAGGUGGAGAAUCACCUUUGAAAGAGAAAUACAUAGAUGCUGCUUCUGAAUUGAUUGUAUAUACAUACUUCUUUUCUGCCUCAGAAGAAGUGGUUCCUGAGUAUGUGACACUAAAAGAGAUGCCAGCUGUGCUUGUUUUCAAAGAUGAAACUUACUUUGUUUACGACGAGUAUGAAGAUGGUGAUCUGUCAUCAUGGAUCAACAGGGAAAGGUUUCAGAAUUACCUUGCUAUGGAUGGCUUCCUCUUGUAUGAACUUGGAGACACAGGAAAGCUUGUGGCCAUUGCAGUUAUUGAUGAGAAAAAUACAUCAGUUGAACAUACCAGAUUGAAGUCAAUUAUUCAGGAAGUUGCAAGAGAUUACAGAGACCUCUUCCACAGGGAUUUUCAGUUUGGCCAUAUGGAUGGAAAUGACUACAUAAAUACCUUGCUGAUGGAUGAAUUGACAGUCCCAACUGUAGUUGUACUGAAUACUUCAAACCAACAAUAUUUCUUGCUAGAUAGACAGAUUAAGAAUGUUGAAGACAUGGUCCAGUUUAUUAACAACAUUUUGGAUGGCAUAGUAGAAGCCCAAGGAGGUGAUAGCAUUUGGCAGAGAUUGAAAAGAAUAGUAUUUGAUGCCAAAUCUACUGUUGUGUCUAUAUUCAAGAGCUCACCACUAAUGGGCUGCUUUCUCUUUGGCCUGCCACUGGGUGUCAUCAGUAUCAUGUGCUAUGGAAUCUACACAGCUGACACAGAUGGAGGUUAUAUAGAAGAACGAUAUGAAGUGUCUAAAAGUGAAAAUGAAAACCAAGAACACAAAGAAGAGAGCAAAGAACAGCAGGAGCCAAGCAGUGGAGGAUCUGUAGUGCCCACAGUGCAGGAGCCCAAGGAUGUAUUAGAAAAGAAGAAAGAUUGAGACUUGAUUGCUAUAAAAUAUUUGAUAGGACUUCAAAUUAUUAAAGAGUCUAUUUAUUGAAUUUAGACAUUUAAUCGUGAUCUUUACAGAAAAGAACAUGUUAUUUGUAUUUUGCUAAUAUCAACUGCAUGGAUUAAAGUAGUCCCUUCAUAGAUGGGGAAGUAUUUGGAGCAAAGAGAUGAACAGUUUGUCUAAAACAAACAGCACUCCAUCAAAAUUUACCUACAUAUGUGAUUAUAACAGAUCAGUUCUGUUCGCAUGUUUCUCUGUCUGAAUAUUCUGUGACAAAAAGUUAAGAUUCUUGGGCAGAGUAUUUAAAUGGUCAGUCAGGUAGAAGAUACAUGUAUGAUGUAGAAAAAUAAUACCUCCACCUGCUGCCAUCCGUAUUCCUCAGAUAUUUUGGACAAGAUUUCUAUGGACAAAAUUAAGUCUUUAAAAUUUAGGCACUUUAAGGAGAACUAAUAACUUUUUCCGUGUAUCAAAUUAAGAUUAUGAGGUUAAAAAUAAUGUGGUUUUAUAUAGCAUAGUGUUUUUAUUUUGUUAGUUAUUUUUAAAGGAGAAGAAAUGUUACUUUUUAACUUUAUACUCAGUUAUAUUAUCAUAAAAUUUUCGUAUGGGCAUAGAUAAUGGGGUAAGAAAAGUCUUCUGAUUGACUUUCACAAAAUUAACAGGAUUUAACAGUACUGUUUCAGCCCAUUCCCUGGAAUACCCUGAACAGAUAUUUUAUCAGUCAUUGUAGGUUGGGAAGGGUCUCUGUUAAUCCACCAUGCUUCAGCGGAACAGCCUAGUGUUUGUUUCAUUUCUAUUUUAUAUAUUGAGAUUUCUUCUAACAUUUCCUUUGAUAAAAAUCUUCUGCUUUUUGAACAGUAAUAUGUAUCACAUUUUUGUUUAUAGUGGUAUAAACUUUAUGGUAACCUAUUCUUUAGAAUAUGUGUGUUUGUACCCACAGGCACAUAAAGUUUAUUGGCACAUCUAUUAUAUAAUGCUGUAGACCUGUCCGUGUCUGCUUCAUAAUGAGUAAUGAGUGAUGUCGGCAUGUCCAGUGACAAGUCACUUCCAGUGGGGGGAAAACGUCAUUUACCUUCUCCAUUCCCUUAGUUCUGUCACCCAUUUCAUCAAGUGACCCUCAACUUCUAUUUAUAAUAAACUAACACAGGAAUUCUAUCCAAAGCGAUGUCUAAAAAUUUUUUUAAAGUAACACUUGGGUAUAUUUAUUGUAGAUAAAUUAUUUUUAAGGCCUUCAUUUUAGCUAAGUUUAGAGUUUACAUUAGGCAACUGUGAUUUGGGUGGUUACUCAUUGAGUAAUUAUCCACUAUAAAGAAUUUUAUUGAACAUUUAUUUAAAAAUAUGUAAUUCAUGGUCCCAACACUGAAGUUGCUUAGGCCUUUAGUCACCAAGGGCAGCCUUCUCUUGUUUCUAAUGCCAUACUAAUCAAGACUGUAUGGACUCUUAUAUCUUAAGUACUAAGGAAUUGCUAGUAAUUGUUUUAUUUUAUUCAUGUGCUCUUUUAGUAUUUAAUAAUUAAAUACCUAUUCUUAUUGUUUGACACUCCAUAAUUUUUUUUAUAAUGAAGCAAAUAUGCAGUCCAAAAUUCAGGAACUGCUAGAGUGAAAUGAUAUUAAGUGGAAACUGGAGGUAAAUGCUGUUAGCUUAACAAGUAGAUUCUUCUCCAAAGAAUAAUGAGGGAUUCUUGGGAAGAUAAAUUUUAAUGUUCCCAAUAGUCAAGCUUGUUUUUCAGUAGUGAAAAGCUUAGAUGAGUACGGAUGCCUCACUUGAAACAGCCUAGUAAGGAAAUGAAAACUUAGCAGUCAGUGACAUGGGGAAAUAGUUAUAGAAAAUGUCAUCAAAUUUUUUCAUAUUUAUAGUUAUUCAUCUGCAUAUUUUUGUCCUAUCUGUAAAUGAAAGACCCUAAUGGGGGGGAAAAAAAGAAGAAAAAGAGUAAAGCUCAAUGUGAAUCAGCAAACAUCCAGUAAUCUUCCUUGAUAUUCUGUGAUAUUCUUUAUAAAUGAAUGCCUCUGUUCUCUGCUACCCUUUCACAGCUUUGCACUGUUGCCUUAUAUUCUAUUUGUGCUUUUAAAGUGUGUCUAUUGGGAAAACAAAAUGUGUAGGUGGUUUAUAAGUGAAUAAUUUUUAUUUCUUUUUGUAUUAAAAUUUUUCUUUUUUUUCUACUUUGGGAGAAGUUUAUUUACAUUGUCAGACUACUCACAAAACAAGAUUUUAAAAUUUGUUUGCUAGAAAACUUUUCAAUGUGAUAUCAGAGAUUACUAUGAAUGUUAGUUUCAUCUGUAAAAAAUUACUUCCAGAUGAAGACAGAUCUCUUAAUAACUGAAUCUAGUAGAAGAACAUAGGUAUCAUUCUAAUUCCAUAAUAUAUUUUGUCAUGAUUAUGAAUAAUGGAGUCCUUCAAGAAGUUGCAGCUUUUGCCUUCUCUUUUAAUUGCAAUGAAAUUCUCUUUAUAACUCCUAAAAUUCAGAAUUCUAGAUCCUUGCUUUUGCUGAAUUUGGUGCUCAGACAAUAUUUAAGGAUAUUGCAGUGAGACAAAGUGCAUGUUUUUAUCAAGUACCCAAUGGACCACAUUAUAUCUGGCAGUUCAUUUUGUUUCAUUAUGUGCAUCAAUAUUUUUCUCAGCUACUGUUAUUUGAAAUUUGUUUAACAUGUAUUAGACCUAGAAUUUUCAUUUUCUUUCUCACAUAGUUGCUUUCUGAUAUAUGAUUUGGAAAUAACAUUAAGAUGCCAAAUAUCUGGGGGACUGAAGGAGAGGUCUAUAUGAGUAGGUAAAUUAGCAAUAUUGUUUUCGUUUAGUGGAUUUUAUUAGUGACUUUGUGUUUUGCUUUGGGGGCCUUUUUAUUUUAGUUUUGCAAAAUGUAACAAAUAUUUUCAUCAUUGCUUCAUAUGACAUGGAGUUAGGACAGGGAAAGCAAUCAUUCAACUCUAUUCUUAUGCAUUAACUGAUCAAAUAAUCCAGUGUGGGAUACUAUCAAUUGGUGGGAUUAGGCUUGCCAUUUUAUUUUUAUAAAUAUAUAUUUUUUCUGAAUGUGUCUGAGUCCAAGAGUGGGCAAAAAAUAAUUUUCUACUUUGGACUAAUCUAUAGAGGUUUUUUGAAAGUCUGCAUUACUAACUUGUUGAAUUCAUGAUAUUCUGCCUAUGGCACAAAUUGUAAACCUUUGUUUUUCUAAAAUAAAGUAAUUGAAAACCUGUAA